UGUUGUCUAAAUGGAAGAACUUAAAAUCAAACGAACAGAAGUUAACUCUUCUACUUAUACUUGUGAAUAUAUUAUCCAAACUGAAUGCUGUGAAAGCUGUAAAAGGAGAUUCCCCUGAAAAAGACCUUCAAUACGUUCAGGAUCUUUAUAAAAGUUUGGGCACUGAUUUUUUUGACCAACUUCUGAGACCUUCUUCCUCUACAGACUUGAUCACUUUGCAAUAUCAAGAAGUCGCAAUUUCUCUUUUGGCCGUCUUAAGCAGAAUUCCUUCCAUUUGUGAGGAAGCCCGUCUAUCUAGCCAUACUAAAGUUUAUUCAAAAUUUAUAACGCUUUACUUAGAGAAUUCUACGGAAGAGCAUCUAAACGUUUGUUUGGAUGUCUUUGAGUGCCUUCGGGGUAUUCUAUGCUGCAGUAAAGGUUCCGAAUUAUUAAUUGAAGAUGAAGCCUUUUUAGUUUCUCUUUUCGAUACAACUUUAGAUGAACGUACUUUAGGAUCUUCUGCUCUCAUUGUCACCGCCAUCCUGAAUCAAUUUAAGAAUCUUAUUAUAACAAAGUUUCCCUCUGUAUAUGCGGAUUUCCUAGCUAAAGUUGUUUCGAAAUUUUGCAUUUUACGAGACAAAAAUAAAUUUAUAUAUUGCGAUUUGCUUACUUGUCUCGUCCGCUGCCUUCCAGAUGAGCCUCUUUACGACUUUUUAUUUAAAAUGCAACCAGAUCUUUUGCCGCUUCUACAAAAAUCUUUGUCGGAACUUUUUCGGAGCAAAUUAACGGCUGAAUUCCGAAGAAAAUGUUUAACCUUAACUGCCGAUCUUUCGUUUCUUUGGGAUCUUGAGUGGCUCGAGGACGGCGAAGGGCACGUCCUGGCGUCCUGCAUUGCGCACACGUGCGUUGAGAUCCGGAUGAUCAUUGACGACAGUUCUGUUGCGGAGCUUGAAAAGCAGGAAAAAUUGCUCUUCAGCUGCUUUGUGAUCCUCGAGAAAGCGCUGCAGUUUUUUUCUGAAGGCUCUUCUGCUUCGGUAUGCUCUUCCUUUGCUCCUUUUGUUAUCUGCCGGACCAACACGUCCAUUACCGACGCGAUCAAAUCUAUUCUGAGGAUGUUCAGAGACGUUCGGAUUUUGAGCUGUGUGGAACAUGCUCAGGAAGACGAAGGCCUUCCUACCGUGCUGCACGCAUGCAUCCGCAUGGUAUCCGUCUGGCUUGUAUGUGACCCGGAGGAUCUCGAUGGCGAUGUCCUUGAAACUCUGCCCUCUCUUAUUACCUUGUGCUCCUCCAGGCAGUCGUUCGCCAAACUCUUGUUACCCGCACUUUGCCAACUUACCAGAGAGGCCAAUUAUGCGGCUUGCUUUACGGCUCACGGCGGCCACUCUGUGAUUGACCACUACUUGGCGGACCACAUGGGUGAUUGCCGUGAAACGCUUUCGGUCUGCAGCGGCUUGAACGUGUUUCUAAACAUUUUAACUGCUCAAGAAACCGCCGUUUCUACCAAGCCGGAAGUGUUUACCUCAUUGGUAAAUACUCUCUGCAACGCCCGUCCACCUGCAGACGACACUUGUAAGGCUACGGCAGCGGUGGUUGGGCUAUUGAUCGUGCGACAGACAAGUGAAGUCGACUUGUGCAGCACCGAAACCAAUUGCUACGCGGACUUCCUCCGCGUUUAUGCCUCGUUUUUAGCGUCUCUUCUUUUGUGUAAGUCCCGCACAGACGGACAAGAAGACGGCGAGGAGCUUCUCUGCUUGGCCAGGUUGGCUGUGCAGGGUUUAAGGGAAUGCAUGGAAAAAGGAGAAGCUCAUCGGCAUGUGCUUAUAGAAAGUAAACUUGUACAUGAACUACUGCGUGCACUGCCGCCUCGCCUCGACGAUUUGCAACUUGAUAGCAAUUUGCAUAGAGAAAUAGUGAAACUGCUUGCUUCUCUGCGCCAGUGGCCGGAAGGGAAUACCGUGCUGCAGGGUUACAACUUGUAAAGAGGAGAAGGCGAACGGGAUCUUCAACGAUUUCUUUGAUUUUCCUAAGGAAGGUAACGGCCUCGCGCCCAUCUAUCAAUCGGUGGUCAUAGGUCAGCGCAACGUACAUCAUUGGCCGAAUUU